AUGAUUGAGCUUAAUGGUCAUUUUUAUAUUAGCAUUUCAGGAACAGCUUCAAAGAAGAACCUUUCAUGGCAUGGCACAAAUGGCAGUAUGUGUCAGUCAAUUGAGUUGAGAUUUCCUUUCAUCUGGGAGUUAAAGUUAAGCAAAAGCUUAAUUGAUGGUGCGGAACAAAAAGUUCCUUUCCAUGUUCUAUUUUUAGUUAAUGACAUCAAUCAGCAAUGUUUAUUUAUAAAAGUUAACAUUUCGGAAAAUAAAUACUUGACGUCCCUUUUCAAGAAGUCUUCAAUGCAUUUGCUAUUGAGUGUUAUCUUAAACGAAAUCUUAAGUCGUUGA